AUGACGGGCGGAAGGUUCGACUUCGACGAUGGCGGCACCUACUGCGGCGGCUGGGAGGAGGGCAAGGCGCACGGGCAUGGCAUCUGCACGGGGCCCAAGGGCCAGGGCGAGUACUCGGGCUCCUGGUCGCACGGCUUCGAGGUGGUCGGAGGCUACACCUGGCCCAGCGGCAACACCUACCAGGGCUACUGGGCGCAGGGCAAGCGGCACGGGCUGGGGGUGGAGACGAAGGGCAAGUGGAUGUACCGGGGGGAGUGGUCACAUGGCUUCAAGGGGCGCUACGGGGUUCGGCAGAGCCUGUGCACCCCCGCUCGCUACGAGGGUACCUGGAGUAACGGGCUGCAGGACGGGUACGGCGUGGAGACCUACGGGGACGGAGGUACCUACCAGGGCCAGUGGGCCGGCGGCAUGCGGCACGGCUACGGCGUGCGCCAGAGCGUGCCCUACGGCAUGGCCACGGUGAUCCGCUCGCCGCUGCGCACGUCGCUGGCCUCGCUGCGCAGCGAGCAGAGCAACGGCAGCGUGCUCCACGACGCCGCGGCCGCCGCCGACAGCCCGGCCGGCAGCCGCGGGGGCUUCGUGCUCAACUUCCAUGCCGACGCCGAGCUCGCGGGCAAGAAGAAGGGGGGUCUCUUCCGCCGGGGCUCCCUCUUGGGAAGCAUGAAACUGCGCAAGUCCGAAUCCAAGUCCUCCAUCUCCAGCAAGCGCAGCUCGGUCCGCAGCGACGCGGCCAUGAGCCGAAUCAGCUCCAGCGACGCCAACUCCACAAUCAGCUUCGGCGACGUAGAUUGUGAUUUCUGCCCGGUGGAAGACCACGUGGACGCCACCACCACGGAAACCUACAUGGGCGAGUGGAAGAACGACAAGCGCACCGGCUUCGGCAUCAGCGAGCGCUCCAACGGCAUGAAGUAUGAAGGCGAGUGGGCAAAUAACAAGAGGCACGGGUACGGCUGCACCGUGUUUCCCGACGGCUCCAAGGAAGAGGGAAAAUACAAAAAUAAUAUUCUGGUCCGUGGAAUAAGGAAGCAGCUUAUACCAAUAAGAAAUACAAAAACUAGGGAGAAGGUGGACAGAGCGAUCGAAGGCGCGCAAAGGGCAGCCGCCAUGGCGAGAACCAAAGUGGAAAUAGCAAAUUCAAGGACCGCGCACGCAAGAGCCAAAGCUGACGCCGCCGACCAGGCUGCCCUGGCUGCCCGCCAGGAGUGUGACAUCGCGAGAGCUGUGGCCAGAGAGCUGUCACCUGACUUCUACCAGCCAGGCCCGGAUUAUGUCAAACAGAGAUUUCAGGAAGGUGUAGAUGCUAAAGAAAAUCCAGAAGAAAAGGUCCCGGAAAAGCCACCUACACCAAAGGAAUCUCCUCAUUUUUAUCGCAAAGGCACGACACCCCCAGGGUCUCCUGAGGCAAGUCCCAAACAAGGCGGCUCUCCCUCCCCAGAGCCCGUGAAGAAGCAGAAUCCCAGCUCAGGGGCAAGACUCAACCAAGACAAAAGGAGUGCAGCCAAGGAGCAGGUGACGGCCACCGUCAAUAAGCCCUUGACCUCCAAGGCUCCCACGAAGGAGGUGGGAGCGGCUGUGCCCCACUCCAGGUACUCUGGCCGUCACCACGUCCCUAACCCCAGUAACGGGGAGCUGCACUCUCAGUAUCACGGUUACUACGUGAAACUGAACGCCCCCCAGUACCCCCCGGAGGACGUGGAGGAGGAGGAAGGGCCAAGCCAGUCUUCCUCGGCGCUGGUGCACAAGCCAUCGCCCAACAAGUGGAGUCCCCCUAAAUCUGUGACAAAACCAGUUGCCAAAGAAAGCAAAGCUGAGCCAAAAGCUAAGAAGUCUGAACUUGCUAUACCAAAGAAUCCAGCAAGCAGCGAUUCGUGCCCUUCUGUGGCAAAAGAAGCCAAUUCGGGCCCUAAUUCAAUCAUGAUUGUCCUCGUCAUGCUGUUGAAUAUUGGGUUGGCAAUCCUUUUUGUUCACUUUCUAACUUGAUUGGAAUUAGGAAAGUAGGGAGCUGGGGAAACAAACGACUGCCCGAGGAAUGUGGUCGGAGGAUUGUGUUGCUGUGGCCGUGGUUCCAGCAUUCACUCCUGUCUCAUUAGAAGAAGUAGGUAGCAGCAUCACUCACCAGUCUUAUGCCAUGACCUGCUGCUUUCUCAUCUCCUGGAACGUCCCGGGAGAGAAGGUGUCGUUGGCUUGUGCACGAUUAUGUUCAUUUCUGCUGUUUAUUUAAAUCCGAUGUAUAGUCAUCUACAACACGCGGUCCUGGCUGGAUGAAGCACAUGUGUCGCAUCUCAAGGAAAAGAAACAACAGAAUGCUAGAGAAAAUGUGUUUAUUUUGAUAGCAAUACAUCAUUCUUCAUGUCGUUUAGUCUUCCUAAACCUGUAAAAGGCUAUUUAAAAUUUAGCAAUU